CUGCAUCAGUCGCUUUUACGCGCGUGCGAAGCUGGGGAGUUGAGACGCCGGUGCCGAGGAACGGUUUGAGUUCUGUGUGUGCAGCAGUGGGGAAACGGGAUAUAGUCAUCGCGCAGUCUGUGACGAGAUGGAGGCUGGCUUGGAAGGGUGAUAAAAACAGUACUCGGCUCGGCGGUUUUUUUGCGCCGGGGUCUGACAUCUGUCGGGGAGAAGAGCGAAAGCCUGGACGCUGGGAAGCCGCUGGUUUUUUAACUCGUCUAUUUUUGAACUCAACCUCCGGAGUGCUCGAGGGCUGGGUUCCACCGCGGAUACUGGCAGAGCAAUGAAUGCAACCACGGACGUUUACAAGAUCCAGCCGGCUUUCUGCUUUAUCAUAGGGUAGCAGCUAAUAUUGGUGGUUGCAACCAUCUCUCAAGUUUAUCUGUUUCUUCAUUUGCUGUUUUUAUUCACUUACUCGUGUUUGGUAUCGAGUUGAAAAUGUCUUGAAAAGAACGUUCUGACAGAGAAGAUGACUGAUUACAGGGAGGAUGGGAUGGACCUGGGCAGUGAUGCCUCGAGCCGCUCCAGCUCAGAGUCCAACUCCAACAAAGUGACGCCAUGCUCGGAGUACAAGUCUUCCCCCAGCCUGGACCUGGCCACCCUGGAGGACUACGAGGAAGACGAGGACUACCAGGAGUACAAGAAGAAGGUCAUAGAGGAGUGGGAGAGCGAGUAUGGGGACUAUGGGGAGAACGAGGAGGGCGGGGAGGGGGGCGGCAGCUACAGGAAGCCCAUGAACAGCCGCAGCCUGGCAGAGGAGUUUCAGGACGUUAAGACCCCGCCGCCCCCUCUGACGGGCCACACGGCCACCACCGCUGCCGCUGUGCCGGAGGAACUCAAACAGAACGGGAACAUCAUCGUCCCCAGCAACCAACACCUCCCCCCGCUCCCGGGGGCCAAGACUGUUCCCAAACCCGGCCAGCGAAUACCGGGCAGUGGCAGGGGCGGGCCAGGGGGCCGGGGGUCUGGCCGGUUGGACAGGGAGCCGGUCACAGACACCCUGCCUGCGGAGGAGCCCCAGCUGCCCACCAUGGACUGGGCGGCUCUGGAAAAGCACCUGGCGGGUCUGCAGUUCCGAGAGCAGGAGGUCCACAAUCAGAACCAGAGCCUGGGAAAGACCAACUACACCUCAGCCCAAAAGAAUGAGAGAGAGUCCAUCAGGCAGAAGCUGGCGCUGGGCAGCUUCUUCGACGACGGGCCUGGCAUCUACACCAGCUGCAGCAAGAGUGGCAAGCCCAGCCUGUCCUCACGGCUUCAGAGUGGGAUGAACCUGCAGAUCUGUUUCGUGAAUGACAGUGGCAGUGACAAGGACAGCGAUGCCGAUGACAGCAAGACAGAGACCAGCCUGGACACUCCUCUGUCCCCCAUGAGCAAGCAGAGCUCGUCCUACUCAGAUCGAGACACCACAGAGGAAGACUCGGAGUCCCUGGAGGACAUGGACUUCCUGAGUCGGCAGAAGAAGCUGCAGGCGGAGGCCAAGUUGGCGCUGGCCAUGGCCAAACCCAUGGCCAAGAUGCAGGUGGAGGUGGAGAAACAGAACCGCAAGAAGUCCCCGGUGGCAGACCUGUUGCCACACAUGCCCCACAUCAGUGAGUGUCUGAUGAAGAGAAGUCUGAAACCCACUGACCUGAGGGAUAUGACCCUGGGUCAGUUACAGGUCAUCGUCAACGACCUGCACUCCCAGAUUGAGAGUCUGAAUGAGGAGCUUGUGCAGCUGCUGCUGAUCAGAGAUGAGCUCCACAUGGAGCAGGAUGCCAUGCUGGUGGAUAUAGAGGACCUUACCAGGCACGCUGAGUCUCAGCAGAAACACAUGGCUGAGAAAACCCCAUCAAAAUAAGGUGUGCCAUACCCUCCCCCCCCCACCCUGCCUCGCGCCUCAACCUGCCCCGCCCUGGCGGACUAGCAGAACAAGGCCACAUUUUCAUUUGCUUCUGUGGUUGUACAAUUGCUGAAGAUGGAGCACUUCCAGGAAGAAAAAAAAAAACAAAUUAAGUGUUAGUCAUGAAUACUGUCCCAAGCUUUCUGUGCAGUGAUUGGCCUUGCUUCUCUAUAGUUUCUUUUCAACUUUUAC